AUAAAGGUGAAUUGGAAAUGCUGUUAGUUUGAGCCAAAAUGACAGGCAUUUCAAAUGAGUUUCGCCGAUCCCUCCACCUACUUUAUUCUCAUUGGGUUUCUCAUUGGUAUUAUGAGCUUUCUGAAAGGUGUUCAACACACCGUUAAACCCUCCCCACACAUUUGAUUGGACAAUAUUUGCGCGUGUUGUUGUUGAGGAUGUACGAUUGCAGUGGCUACUUUUGUAGCAAUGUCCCGUAGUCAUUAACCGAAUGGAUUUGCAAUGUUUGUUUUUAUAGGUUGACCUUAAACGUGCAAUAUGCUAAGCUAUGAAUGAUGCAUUCAGUUGCACAGCACAGGCGAGUUGUAUUGAUUGGAUAUGGAUAUAUAACUGAGUACCAGUUAUUGACGGGCUCAUACUUAAUAAUAUUAUGAACUAGUGUAAAUGAAUGUAAGUUAGAGGCCCACAAAGUGGAAGAGGGCACCAUGUGCAUCGUCUAUUUGGUUGCGUUUCUAUUUGGCCUGACAGGAGAACAAUGUUCCUCCGAACUGAUAGAAGAUUCCAGCCAGAGCUUCAUGGAGAGGAUGAACACAGGGAAGACAUCCUUUAUAUACUUUGGAAAUCAUGUCAAUCCAACCAUAGAACUGUAUGAGCAGCUCGAGAUGUCAGCUGAUGCCCUGGAGGACUAUGGAAUAUCUGUUGUAAAGGUGAACUGUUCAAAAGAUCCAAUAGCAAAUUACUGCUCAGGAGAAAAGCUCAUGACCAAGGCACACUUGUUCAGAGGCUCUGAGGUCCUGAGGAGUUUUGACAUCGAUACUGUAUUUGACGUCAACGCAAUUGUUUCUCAUGUCCUUUUCUCUGUCCUCUUCAAUGAAGUCCGUUAUGUGCACACACCUGCUGAGCUGCUGCGCGUCGAGAGCGCGGCCAAACAAAACAGUGACAUUGUGGUCGGUCACAUACCGGUGCUCGGCCUUCCAGAGCACCGAGCUUUGAUGGAGGCAGCAUUUGUGUAUGGAACCAAGUACCAGUUUGUCCAGACAACUGGCUCUCUAGUGCUGAGACACAUGGGUGUCGUCGAUUCCUCUUCCUCACAAGCACGACUGUGGUUUUUGCACUGUAAAGGUGUGUCCAGGAAGUCUGACCCAUGCCCCAGCAUCCCCAUGAGAAAACCACUCAAAACCAUCAACAUACACACUUUCCUCCAGCUGAUGGAGGCACCGCUAGUGACAGAGGCAGUGGUGGACCCCUCUGAGGUAGAUGUGGUUCAUAUCCACCUCCGUGUACCCGUGCUGUAUCUGUUCUCUCAGCCCCAAACCCAGCACCUGGACAGGGCCACCGCUCAAACUCUCGCCUUGCAGCUCCGCGGGGAGGUUGGCGUAGUGCUCAUUCACAGGGACAGUCCUAACGUGAAAACUCCACUGAAAUACAACGCUGCUUACAGACUCCCACAGGAGGAUGUGAAAUAUUUUACCCUGAAUAGUGCAGAAGAGGUUAUGAAACUUUUCAAAGAAGAACUUGUGCAAGAACACAAGAUUGAAAAUGAAGAGGGAAAUGAGGAACAUUGGUCAGAUCUUGAUAUUCUUGAUGACGAGGUGUCGGAGUCUGUGUACAGAGACCGUGAUCAUGUGCAGGACUUGGAGUCUGUUACUGAAAUCACAUCAGACACUUUUCAAUCUACAGUCACACAGAAUGAUAUCACGGUGGUGCUGUUCUAUUUUAAAUGGGAUGCUGUCUGUAUGGCUUUCAUUCAGUCAUAUAUAGAGGUGGCAGAUGCACUUGAAGGUGUGAGUGGGGUGGAGUUGGCGGCAGUAGACUGUGGGGAAUGGACUGAUAUUUGUGGUGAUCAGAAUGUCACUUCCUUCCCCACCGUUAUGAUCUACCGUCCCAUGGCUGCUGCUCAGCCGUACAGAGGCAUGCUGGGAACCAAGAGCCUAUACAGGUUCAUACUACUGAGUCUGGUCUCCAGUCCUUCCCAUCUAUCCUCCUCUGCUGAGGUGAUGUCAUUCUUAGAGGGAGAUUUGUACAAUAAACAUGUAUAUUUGUCCGCUGUCAGAGUGCUGGGCCUGUUCAGUUCAAUGCAAGACACUGGUGUAACCUCAUUUGAGGAAGCUGCAAGACUCCUCAGAGGAGAGACCAUUCUUGGGCUAUUUGCCCACAAAGAGGCAGAGCAAUGGGUGGAGGGACUGUCAGUGAACCUGCCUGCUUUACUGGUAUCCCACGGCCCUGGAGUUCCUUAUAAAGUCUAUUCUAUCCCAUCAUCCUCCUCACCAACAGACCAUGUCUCACUCAUAAAACAAGUGGAACUGGAUCAUUUUCCUGAACUGACCGUGGAGAAUCUCCCCUGGUAUUUGGAGCUUGGGAAACCUUUGCUACUGCUUUUUAUCGGAAAGGAGGACAGUACAGAGAGUACUAAGUCUUUAGCAGAGAUAAAGCGUCCACUGAGCUCUGGACAGCUGGAUUCCUUCCUGCCAUGUUGGAUCCAUCUGGGUCGGACACCUGUUGGGAGGUCUAUCCUGGAGAAGUAUCUUGGCUUUGUACCUCCACUUCCUGCUUUGGUGAUUUCAAAGUUAAGAACUGGAGGAGAGGUGUUUCUUUUCCCUCCAGAGCGCCCCCUAAUGGCUAAGAACAUCCUGCAGUGGAUUCAUGAUGUGGAACAUGGACAGGAGCAACCAUCAGGCUUGAUCCCAGAUGGGAAACGGGGCCCUCCUGUGCCAUUCUUUGACUUUUUGGCAAUAAUGGACCAAGAAGCACCAACUUACGCAGCUCAGAGGGGUCCUAAAAUGAAAAAUGGGGGCAGGGAAGGCAACAGAGAGCAGAAGCAAGAGGCCCCUGACCAAAAACAAACUUCAUAUCCAUCACCAAACCCCCAAGCACCUCAUCAGCACUCUGAACUAUAAAGUCAAGUCCUCUCAUGGCACAGAGGGUUAUGUAAGCAUUUCACAUGACUGUUUGACAUCUGCCAGAUUUCAUGUUACAUGUGCUGUUUAUGCUUUCAGUACUAUUUGCAGAAAUGCUUAUAUAUCAGUAUGUCGGUAUCGCACAAUAUCCAACUUUUUUCCCAAAUCAAAUGGACUUUUCCAGAAAUUAAAUCAAGUACUCACAAGAGGGUUUACAUUUUAGUGCUGUAACUUUAUAUACAGAAUGAGGUAUUCAAGCUCUGAAAAGAAAUCUACAGCAAUGUAUUUAUCCACAGCGUUUAUUUUCGGGAGAACGUAUUAUUCUUACAGUAUGUUCCUGUUUGAUCAUGCUUUUAUUCAAAUAAUGAGCUUCACAUGCGGAUGACAUUUGCGAUUCGUACACUGCACAUUGUUUUUGUCAUGGAAGAACAGCAACUGUUUGUUUUUGGGGUUUUUUUUUGUUUUUGUUUUUUUUUUAACCAUACUGUGCUGCUUCCAUGAUGGAAAGACUAACGUCAAACCAGAAAGUGGGUGAGUCUUUGGUUGAUUGCAUUGUUAAAGUUAAUUAGCGUCACAUUUAACAAGGGAAGAACUGCUUUUUAAUUCAAACCAAAGAUACCAAAAAGGCCUCCCAUCUUUUACGUGUGUUCCUGGAAUCUCAGUCCAGUAGUUAAACCCUAAUGCAGAUGUUUUUGGGAAAAUCUUAAAUGCCAUUUUUUGGAAGUGCAAUGUGAUCCCAAUGUGUGGUUGCAUGCACAUGUGACGUUCAUAUAUGUGAACGUGUGUAAGCCUGCAUGGAAACUGGAAAAAAAAAAAAAAAAAUGGAAACUGUUUUAGUUGAGACUGCAGAGGCAAUAUUUGGUCUACCAGUUUGUAUCAGAUUGUAGCAUCUCCAUAACAAAGUAAAAUUAUUUUGAAUUUGAA